AUGCUGCAUCUAUUCAUCUAUCUAUAUCUAUCUAUCUAUCUAUCUAUCAUUAUCUAUCUAUCUAUCUAUCUAUGUUUCUUUCUUUCUUCUUUCUUCUUUCUUCUUCACCAUGGAUUUCUAUCUAUCUAUCUAUCUAUCUAUCUAUCUAUCUAUCUAUCUAUCUAUCUAUCUAUCUAUAAUUGGGAUGCCGAAGAUUUCUCAGCUCGACCAAGAAAGGAUUUUGAUGAGAUGCUUAUGUUACGUCAAUUUCUCAGAUUCGUAGAAAGUGUUUGGGCACCGAAAACCUUUCAGAACUGUAACUAUUUAUCAGUCUGUCUACUUACCUAUUUCAGUGUUGUUCAUAUCUAUUUGCCCAAAUAUUUUGCUAUAAACAAUUUAUUCAUAUCCCCCCUCUCUGUCUCUAUUUAUCUGUGCUUGUCUUUAUCUAUCUAUCUAUCUAUCUAUCUAUCUAUCUAUCUAUCUAUCUAUGUUUUUUAA